UGUGGUGUUUUAUGGUAUGGGGGAAAACACACAUGCAGGAGUUUAAAAACUCGGAAAGACAGACGCGUGUUUAAAUUAGUACCGGCACAACUGUCGUCCGUUAAACAUGCCAGUGUUCAAAUGAUAGUCAGCCUAUAAGCGGCUUUAUCAAAUCGAUUUUAUUUUUAAGACGCAGAAGAGGUUUUUUGUGUAAAAAGUUUGAUAGUUUUGUUUUUUUGUGAAAUGUUUUGAUUUAUUGGUUUUAUUUUUAGUGACAAUGAAGUUGUGGGUUUUAUUAACAUUUUUUAUGGUGGUCCAGGCAGAUCUUCUGGAUCUGUAUGUCGAGCACAUGGACGAAACCAUGAGGACAAAUUUACACCGUAAAAAGUUACCGAGAUUUUUGAAUAAAAGGAAUAAAAGAAGUCCGAAGGUUUCGUUUAAAAUUGGAGACUUUAAAAAACAGCGGCUGGAUGUUGAUGAGAAUUGGUGGAUUGGCAAAAGAGUGGAGAAGAAACCGGUAAAGCUUCCGGUGCUGAAGCACGACGACAUGGAUAUUCCGAAUUUGAAUGAGAGGAAUUUGAAUCGCGAUUUUGAAUACGUUAAGAAUAACCGGCAGCUUGAGAUACUGGAGGGGUUUGGAGUUGGACGAGUGCCAAGACUGUGGGAAACCCAAGUUCUGGAUCCAGUGAAAGAUGAUUCGGAGAAAGAGUUGACGAAUGUUAGGAGCAAAGAAGUUUUCCAGCCGACUUUUGUCACCUCGGAGAUGAAAAGAUCAAAAAAAGUAGAAGCGGUCGUGCAGGAAAAAGAAAUUUCCAGGUUUCGGAGGGAUGUCAAGGGUGUGAAUUUUACCCGGCAUGAGUUUCUGGAUGACAACGGAGAGGUUCUGCUGGAAUGGGACCCCUCGGAUGAGGAAAUCGUAACUUUCAAAGUGUCCGCCAAAACCAGGGGAUACAUCGGAAUCGGUUUUAAUGACAAAGGUCACAUGAAAGGAGCAGACAUCAUUCUGGCAUGGGUCGAUGAUCAUUCUGGUGUCGUCAAUCUACUGGAUUCACACGGUGAUGAAGAGACUAAUGCAUCUCCAAUCACAGACGUCUCCCAAGAUGUUAAGAUACUCGAGGGUUUUCAGAAUGACACCCACACAUCAGUUACGUUCUCACGUAGAUGGCAAACAUGUGAUCCAGAGGAUCGUCACUUAACCGAAGACAAUGUCAGAGUUUUAUGGGCAAUGCACGAAGCCGAUCCAGAACUAAACACCGCAAUUUGGCACCGGGAACGAUGUGGCUCUCGUCCGUUGAGGAUCAGAGCAGCACCAGCCCGGCAACCACCACCGAAAUCACCCAACGUCAGACAUUGGGACGUUAAGUUGAACCAAUUUGCGGUUGACGACAAAGAGAACACCGUUUAUUGGUGUAAGAUAUUUGCUGCGCCAUUCAAUAAGAAGCAUCAUAUGAUUGGGUUCGAACCACUCAUCGAAAAAGGCAACGAGGCACUGGUUCAUCAUAUGAUUCUGUACGAAUGCGCUUCGACGUCUCCGAUGUUGAAGCAGCAUGCGCGGAUUGUUGGGACUGCUUGCUACAGCCCCACUAUGCCCAGAGAAUGGGACUCUUGCAUUCAGCCGAUAGUUACUUGGGCCCGUGGAAGCAAAGGUGACUGGCUGCCGGAACAUGUAGGGAUUCCAGUAGCUGAGCACAAAGAGGGGUCUUACUACAUGCUGGAGGUCCACUACAACAAUCCGGAAAUGAGGAAAGCCAUUGAUAGCAGUGGAAUCAGGCUCCAUUUGACUCCGGAAUUGAGGUCACAGGAAGCCGGGAUCUUUGUCACGGGAAUGUCUGUUGGACCAUUGCAUCUGAUUCCCCCGAAGCAGAAGGAAUAUGCGACUGCUGGAUACUGUGACACCCAUUGUACCGACGCACUGCUUCCCGAAGACGGAGUCAACGUAGUGUCCGUAGUGCUGCAUUCCCAUCUGGCAGGAAGACGGAUGAGUUUAAAGCACGUCCGUGAGGGCAAGGAACUGCCUCACAUCGUCAGGGAAAAUCACUUCGAUUUCGAUUACCAGCAAUCGCACAGUUUACAAGAGGAAGUUAAAGUUCUACCGGGUGAUGAAUUGAUUACCGAGUGCGUCUACGGAACUCAAGACCGGACGCGGCCGACAUUGGGUGGAUAUGCUGCUACACAGGAAAUGUGUCUGGCUUUUGUGGUUUAUUACCCGCGGACGGACUUGGCCGGAUGCUACAGUUCGACUCCACCGAAGGAUUUCUUCAAAACUCUCGGAGUUUACAAUUUCAAAGGGGUUUCGUUGGACAAUUUGGAAAAACUCUUUCUGACAACUGGAACCGACGCAGUUACGCUGCCGACGAUCGUCCAACAGCAGCUUCCGGUUUAUCCAGCAACCAGACCCAGCGAGAAUGUCAACGAAGAAAUCAUCAAGGAAGCCGAGACCGCCUUGAAGGCCAUGAAAGAGUACUCGGAAACCGAAAACGACGACAACAUUUUCACGAGGCUGGUGAUAGAAAAGCCGGAAGAGUUCCGGGGACGGACUUUGGCAGAACAUAUUCUUGCUCUGCCUUGGACUGAAGAACUCCUUGCCCGGUCGAUUGAACGCAGCUUCUACCAGGGCAGGCACAUGACGUUCUGUCGUAAGCGCGACGAUAAUUUGGCGCUGCCUUCAGAAGUAAGACAGUUUCCCAACUUCACGCGAAUCGAGGAACCCAGCAGCGCAAAUUGUUCGAAAAAAGUCGUCAUCUCCGCGGGCAUUGUCUCACUUCCAAAUAUUUUUAUAAUUUUCGCUGCGCUGUGCAUCUUCUUCUGCUGAUUGGUCGGAAUCAGCGAACAACAAACCUGUAUAUUUAUAAAUUAAAAAGUAUAUAUAUAUAUAUUAAUUAUAGUUUUUAUUUAUUACAGCAUUCCGUUCUAAGUAUGAAUCAAUGAAAUAAAUACUCUAUAUUCUGUCUUUUUCAACGGAAAAGACUAUUGUAAAAAAACCGAUGGAAAAAAUGAUUGUAACUGUACCCUUAAAAAACUGUAAAUAUAUAUUUAUAAGAAGGAUAA